AUGUCUCAGCCAACAACCGCAGACUGGUUUCAACGCCCUCAGGGCAGCGACUACCCCAAAGGGCUAUACAAAAGCUCCUGCACAUGGCGUAAAUGCGUCCUUGUCCAGGUCAUCUUAGACUCUCAACAGCCAUACAUCUCCCUCUGCCUGAAGAAUAAGGACCAGGGACAGGUCAUUUUCCCAUUUCAGGGAAUUCACUUUCAUUGUGGGAUCGAAGGUGAAGGGGCACAAACCGACGACUGGAUCAACACAUUGAGGACAACCUUUCCGCUUCUCCCUGCGCAGGACAAGUUAUACUAUUACGCAGUAAGGUCCAAGAGCUCGCCUGUGUUUACCAAGGUCCAAAGGCCGUUGAUGGAUGAAGAGCUCAAGGAAAAACUGAGAAAGCUCCGGAACAUCGAGUGGUCGAACUACACUGAAGUUUCGCCUGCGCUCGAUUUUUCAGUGAAACUCCACAAUCUCGUGCACCAAGACUGCGAUGGAGAAGGAUUCUGGUAUUAUCGCCAGAACCCAGAGUCAGACGUUACCAAGCGGCACCCGGAGAUGCCAUGGCUCUGGAUAAAUACUGAAGACAGGCGGGAAUACAUCAAGUGGCAACCCCACAAUCCCCUGUUCUUCGACGACAACGACCGCAUUUGCCGUCUUCUGAAGGCCUCUAAGAAUGAACGCUACCAGCAAGUGCGGGAAGUUUCUGAUGUCUUCAAUCCUACCCGGCAGCAUGAGGCAUGGUGCACUGAGAGUGAUUUCGGGCUACCAGGUAGCACGCACCUGGUACAUAUCAAGAUCUUGCCAGUGCGACCAAGUGACAAAGUGGUCGUCCCCAAAUUGCAGGAGAGCACCAAGGUAAAAUUCGAGUGGGCUCUCAGUGGUGUCCCCUACGCCAUGGAUACGAAGCUUGCUGAUCAGGGAGCUGUCACCCAGAGUGACUCUAGUGCUGACCUUGUUCUCCGCGUGACAGGCCAGAUCACACUAGCACCGGGCGUACGCUCUCCCAUCGUCACAUCAGCAGAGGCAAACACGAUGCCCAUUGACGCCCAGAUUGAGGCUCUUGGCGAGGCAAGUAAAUCAGCUCUUGUCUUUGGGGAUCGUUCAGGAAACCAGGGUCGAGGUUUCUCGCUGAGGCGCACGCUCCUUGCCCAUGGAACCGAACUCGAGGAAGGAAACCAAGGCUACUUCACCCUGGAUGUCCACCAAAUGUCGCCCGUCCGGCCGGAUGUUGAGCGGGAGAGGAUAGGUCACCUUUCACAGACCUUCCGACUUGAUGGGGCCCAAAGAGAGGCCUUUCAGGCUUCGCUGGUGAGAGUCGUCUGCGGCGUCAGCCUGAUCCAAGGUCCUCCGGGAACUGGAAAAACCAGUACGGCCAAAGUGAUUGUCUGCACAGCGGCAGCGCUUGGCUGCAAGAUCCUCCUGGUUGCUGGGUCCAACAAGGGUGUGAACAACCUUGCUGCGGCGGUGAUGAAAGCCCUCCAACGGGACGAGCAACUACGAGGCUGGUGUGGCCAGCUCGUCCGGUUCCGCACACCGCGAUACCAGCUCGAAAGAGCGAGGGGUGGUGAAUCUUCAGAUGAGGGCGACAACCUGAGUAACGUUCAAGCUCACGUUCUCGCCAUCCAGUACGCCCAGGAACACGCCACCAUCGACAAGUACGCCCGGUCUCUAUUAGAACGCCUUGCAGACGACAAGCAGCGACGACUGAGUAAGGAAGAGCGGAAGGGUCUCAAGGGGGACUACGAACACUGCGUCAUGAAGGUCCUGCAGAACGCCAAGAUCGUUGCAACAACCUUGAGCAACGCGUCCCAGGAUCUUCUGAGACGUUCGGGUUUUGAACCUGUCUUCGUGAUUUGCGACGAGGCAGGGCAAUGCCAGGAAGGCGAAAUCACCAUCGCCCUGACCAUGCCAUCGAUUCAGGUGGUCGUCUUGAUUGGAGACCCGAAGCAACCGCCGCCAACUGUUGUCUCAGAACACGGGACCAAUGAGGGCGCGUUGUAUUUGAAGAGGUCGUUGAUGGAGAGGCUGCACGAAGCAGACUACCCCUGCACGAUGCUGUUGACCAACUACCGCAGUCACAGCCACAUCUUUGACAUCUUCAACCGGUGGAUCUACAACGGUGCGCUGAGAUUGGGUCCCAACAAUGACAGCGAACAGCGCGUCGGGAAGGCCUGGGACACCUUCACCCGCUCUCGUCACUACUUCCGCGGUUACGGUGUGGUGGGAGUUCGCCGCCUUUUCAUCAGCGUGAUUGGGGAGGCCAUUCGCGCUGAGGGUAGCCAGUCGUGGUUCAACCAGUCGCAGGCUAUGGUGGCUGUGCACCUGCUGAAGAACCUUUUCGCCUAUCGGAUGAGUGACGGUCAACAUAUUCGUCCAGAAGAUGUCAUGGUGAUCUCUCCGUAUGCGGCACAGCGAGCUUUGGUCGGAAGGCUCAUGGGCGAGCACGGGGUAAGCUGCAGGGAUAAUCUUACUGUGGAUGCAUCCCAGGGUCAAGAAGCUCCCAUGGUCAUCUUCAUGCUGACGAAGCCGUCGAAGGACCCCAUCAAUGUCGGUUUCAUCGCCGAUCAGCAAAGACUCAAUGUCGCACUGAGCCGUGCACGCGAGGUCCUAGUCAUUGUCGGAAACCGCUUUGUCUGGGAUAAAGACGCCCUUGACAAGAUCAAGAAGUCUCAAGGCAAGACGGCCAGGUUCCUUCUCCAUCUUCUUAAUGACACGAGCAGGCGUGGUCAUACCAUGGUGUGGCACGGUGAAGCCACAGUCGAAGAUGAGAACCCUGUCGGGCCAGUGGAAUACAAAUGCCCUGAUCGGUCAAUCUAUCAGACGGCCGCAGUCUCCUCCGCCCCCGUUUCCUCCAGGCCGUCUGCUAGACCUGUUCCUGAGAUUGAAGGACCAGGAACACCAUCUCGACAGACGCCACAGGUAAGCAUGCCCGUUGGUCCGUCCCGGCAGGCACCUGUCGUUCGUCUGCCAACGUCCACAAGCCAAUCAAGGGACAUCGAAGAAGAUGUCAGCAUGGUGGACGUUGAGAACUCCGAAGGUCGGCAACUCGUACAGCAAUCCGGCUGUCCGCCCUCUCCUGUCCUUCCUCCUUGGCAUGCUCGCCAGCGAUCCCGCUCUCCCCCUCAUCGCGAAGUGACGUACCGCGAGCGGUCUCGCUCCCCUUCGAGCGCCAUCGACAACUGGCUGCUCACACGGGGUGGUCUGCCUCAGGUUGAUCUAAUUCCUCGUGGCAACCUCGUCUCACUACCAGUCGAGGAACUGGAGAGCCAGUAUAGACUUACCCGCGCCGCUGAAGAAUUGGCUGCUGCAAGCGCUCGGCGUACGUGGGUUGAGGAGGAGCUCCGGCGUGUGCGUCGCGACAGAGAUAGUCGCAACAGCGACGACCAACGAGAUGGUCAGUAGGAAGGUGAUAUACUUUAGCUCCCUAGAAUGAUGGGUCGGUUUCUCGGAAUAGAGAAUAAAGGGGACGUGUAUAUCUG